AUGUGGAAAUUGCCCUGGAUGUGGUUGCUGCUGCUGCUCUGGGAAAAUGCCUUGAUAGGGAAUUAACACCAUUCAGUGAUGGGCUGUGGGACAAGCAAAGUGCUUCCUGAGCCUGCCAAAGAUGUGCAGCUAGAUCUGGUGAAAAAAAUUGAACCUUACACAGGCCACAAUGACAUAUACAAGCAUUUCAUCAAGGAUGACUGCAGGAUCAAAGCUGUCUCUCCCUCACCUCUGCAGCACACUAACCCAUACCCUGGGAACCACUUGCCUGCCCUCUUGGACCAGCCUGAGCCCCGCAAGAACAAAGUGGCUAAAUACCGUGCCAAGUUUGACCCCAGAGUGACAGCCAAGUAUGACAUUAAAGCCCUGAUUGGGAGAGGAAGUUUUAGCCGUGUGGUACGGGUGGAACACAAGGCCACCAAGCAGCCCUAUGCUAUCAAGAUGAUUGAGACCAAAUACCGGGAGGGGAGGGAAGUGUGUGAGUCAGAGCUUAGCGUGCUGCGCCGGGUUCGCCACACCAACAUCAUCCAGCUGAUUGAGGUGUUUGAGACCCAGGACCGUGUGUACAUGGUGAUGGAAUUGGCAACUGGAGGAGAACUGUUUGAUCGAAUCAUUGCUAAGGGCUCCUUCACCGAGAGAGAUGCUACACGUGUGCUGCAGAUGGUGUUGGAUGGUGUGAAGUAUCUGCAUACGCUGGGUAUCACGCACCGGGACUUAAAGCCAGAGAAUCUGCUAUAUUACCAUCCGGGAACAGAUUCCAAAAUCAUGAUUACGGACUUCGGACUAGCGAGUGCUCGGAAGAAGGGAGAUGACUGCCUGAUGAAAACCACAUGUGGGACCCCAGAGUACAUUGCUCCUGAGAUCCUGGUCAGGAAGCCGUACACGAACUCUGUGGACAUGUGGGCGCUGGGUGUCAUCUCCUACAUUCUCCUCAGUGGCACUAUGCCCUUUGAAGAUGACAACCGCACCCGCUUGUAUCGGCAGAUCCUGAAAGGAAAAUACAGUUACUCAGGCGAG